GAGCUCAGUUCCAGAUUGACUCGCUUUGCCUUUGCCCGCUCAGUUUGAAGACAUCAGGAGACUAAGACCAGGAGAGGAACCUUGCAGGCGGAGCUGUGCCAACUACAAUUUUUUUUUGUCUCUGUCCUUCUGUGGUGUCUUUUUUUCUAUGGGUGAAGCCUCCUACAUUAACUGAAGCAGCAGGACCACAUGCAACAGGGUGUAGAAGCCAAACUCCCUCCAUUUUUUUCGCUUCUCUGUUCAAGAAAAGAGCAAGAAAGAUAUGCCCUGACACUCGGGAAUAGUUUUAGAAGAAGACGGAACAUCACAGUGUAGAGGUCCUUGUUUCCGUGGCUUUUCGUUCUAGAUUUGUUAAGGAAACAUUCAAAGUUAUGACUAAAAGAAAGUGGGAGGAGAGGAGAGAAGGCUUCAAAGUCAACUCCACAAAGGAAGAGGCACAGGGGCCCGGGCGCCCCUCCACCAGAGGGCGCUUCUCCGAGUCUUGGAAGAGACUGAGCUCCCGAAAAGGGUCUACCAAGAGGUCAGGACUGGCCUCACAGCAAGCAGCGGCACAGAAAUCAUGGAUAGAAAGAGCUUUCAGCAAGAGAGAAUGUGUGCACAUUAUUGUAAGCACCAAAGACCCCCAUAGGUGCUGUUGUGGCCGUCUAAUUGGUCAACAUGUUGGCCUGCCCCCCAGCAUCUCCUCCAAUCAGAAUGAGAAGUCAGAGCGUGUGCCAAAGAAUGACAGCUUGUCAGAGAAGUGGUCCAUCAGCAAGCACACCCAGCUCAGUCCCACUGACGCCUUUGGAACAAUUGAGUUCCAGGGAGGUGGACACUCCAACAAAGCAAUGUAUGUACGAGUUUCUUACGACACUAAGCCAGACUUACUGCUGCAUCUGAUGACAAAGGAGUGGCAGCUGGAGCUUCCCAAACUGCUCAUCUCUGUUCAUGGAGGACUUCAGAACUUCGAGCUGCAGCCCAAACUCAAGCAAGUCUUCGGCAAGGGUCUCAUCAAGGCGGCCAUGACCACUGGAGCCUGGAUCUUCACUGGAGGAGUCAAUACUGGAGUCAUAAGACAUGUUGGUGAUGCUCUAAAAGACCACGCUUCCAAAUCGAGAGGGAAGAUCUGUACUAUCGGUAUUGCACCCUGGGGGAUUGUGGAGAACCAGGAAGACCUAGUGGGGAAAGAUGUGGUUCGGCCGUACCAGACGAUGUCUAACCCUCUUAGUAAGCUAACGGUUCUCAACAGCCUACACUCCCACUUCAUUUUGGCUGAUAAUGGCACCACCGGAAAGUAUGGAGCAGAAGUCAAACUGCGCAGACAGCUUGAGAAGCACAUCUCUCUGCAAAAGAUCAACACGCGGAUUGGACAGGGCGUUCCAGUGGUGGCUCUAAUAUUGGAGGGGGGCCCUAAUGUGAUCUCUAUCGUGCUUGAGUACCUGAGAGACACUCCUCCUGUGCCUGUGGUGGUGUGUGAUGGCAGCGGCCGUGCCUCUGACAUCCUGGCCUUUGGGCAUAAGUACUCAGAGGAGGGCGGAAUCAUAAAUGAAUCUUUGAGAGACCAGUUAUUAGUCACCAUUCAGAAGACGUUUACGUACAGCCGGACGCAGGCCCAGCAUCUCUUCAUCAUUCUGAUGGAGUGCAUGAAGAAGAAAGAACUGAUAACAGUAUUUCGGAUGGGAUCAGAGGGACACCAGGACAUUGAUCUGGCCAUUCUAACAGCUCUUCUGAAAGGGGCCAAUGCAUCAGCUCCAGAUCAGCUGAGCCUUGCUUUGGCCUGGAACAGAGUUGACAUCGCUCGAAGCCAGAUCUUCAUUUAUGGACAGCAGUGGCCUGUGGGCUCUCUAGAGCAGUCUAUGCUGGACGCACUGGUGUUUGACAGAGUGGACUUUGUGAAGCUGUUGAUUGAGAAUGGAGUGAGCAUGCACCGCUUCCUGACACUGUCCAGACUUGAAGAGCUCUAUAAUACGAGGCAUGGUCCAUCCAACACCUUGUACCACCUUGUCAGAGAUGUAAAAAAGGGUAACCUGCCCCCUGACUACCGCAUCAGCCUGAUUGACAUCGGAUUGGUAAUUGAAUACCUCAUGGGUGGAGCCUAUCGCUGCAAUUACACCAGGAAGAGAUUUCGGACCCUAUAUCACAACCUUUUUGGACCCAAAAGACCAAAAGCCCUGAAGCUGCUUGGAAUGGAGGAUGACAUGCCCAUUAGGCGCGGACGUCAGAAGACCACAAAGAAGCGAGAAGAGGAAGUAGACAUUGACCUGGAUGACCCAGAAAUCAAUCACUUCCCUUUCCCGUUCCAUGAGCUGAUGGUUUGGGCAGUGCUGAUGAAACGGCAGAAGAUGGCUCUGUUCUUCUGGCAGCAUGGCGAGGAGGCUAUGGCUAAAGCGCUGGUGGCCUGUAAGCUCUGUAAGGCAAUGGCCCACGAAGCAUCUGAGAACGACAUGGUAGAUGACAUUUCACAAGAGCUCAAUCAAAACUCAAGGGAGUUUGGUCAGCUGGCUGUUGAGCUGCUCGAUCAGUCGUAUAAGCAGGAUGAACAGAUGGCCAUGAAGCUGUUAACCUACGAGCUGAAGAACUGGAGUAAUGCCACCUGUCUGCAGCUGGCAGUGGCUGCCAAGCACAGGGACUUCAUCGCCCACACGUGUAGCCAGAUGCUUCUCACUGACAUGUGGAUGGGACGUCUGCGUAUGCGCAAGAACUCUGGCCUAAAGGUUAUCUUAGGCCUGCUUCUGCCCCCCUCCAUAUUGAGUCUUGAGUUAAAAAAUAAGGACGAGAUGUCGUACAUGCCACAGGAUCAGGACACCUACCUGCAGGAGAAGGAUGUGGAUGAACCUGAGAAACAAGCUAAGGAGAAAGAGGAGGAUGACAUGGAGUUCACAGUAAGAUCUUACUGUGAGACGCAGUACAACUCCGUGGCUAUGCUGGGAAAUGUCAGUUCAGAAGCGUCGCGUAAGAAAAGGGUGGAAGAGGUUCAGAACCGCCAUCGACUGAUUCCAGUUGGUCGCAAAAUUUAUGAGUUUUACAACGCCCCUAUCGUCAAGUUCUGGUUUCACACGUUGGCCUAUGUUGGAUACUUGAUGCUCUUCAACUAUAUUGUUCUGGUGAAGAUGGACCUGUGGCCCUCUCCUCAGGAGUGGAUUGUUAUUGCUUACAUUUUCACCAAUGGCAUCGAGAAGAUGAGAGAGAUCCUCAUGUCAGAGCCAGGGAAGCUCCUGCAGAAGGUGAAAGUGUGGUUACAGGAGUACUGGAACAUCACUGACCUCAUGGCUAUCCUCAUCUUCUCCAUCGGGAUGGUGCUUCGCCUGCAAGACCCGCCCCUGAUGAGCUACGGGAGGGUCAUUUACUGUGUCAAUAUCAUCUAUUGGUACAUACGACUGCUUGACAUCUUUGGAGUGAACAAAUACCUGGGUCCAUAUGUCAUGAUGAUCGGCAAGAUGAUGAUUGACAUGAUGUAUUUUGUGAUCAUCAUGUUGGUGGUUCUGAUGAGUUUCGGAGUGGCACGGCAGGCUAUCCUCAAUCCCAAUGAGGACCCGUCCUGGAUGCUGGCACGCAACAUCUUCUUCAUGCCGUAUUGGAUGAUCUAUGGAGAGGUGUUUGCUGACCAAAUCGACCAUGUGAAUAGUAGGAAGCUACAUCACAAAGUGAAUGACAAACUCUGGCUGGUCGAAAAUUACAUUCGCACUCAUGGACCUGGGCGUUACAGUGGUCCAUCCCAUAUAGCUCCAUGUGGUCAGAACAUCACCACAGAGGAAGGAGUCAUUGUGCCUCUCCCACCUUGCAAAACAGGAGCUUGGAUUGUCCCCGCCAUCAUGGCCUGCUACUUGCUGGUGGCCAACAUCCUUCUGGUUAAUUUGCUAAUUGCUGUCUUUAAUAACACAUUCUUUGAAGUGAAGUCCAUCUCCAACCAGGUGUGGAAGUUCCAGAGGUACCAGCUGAUCAUGACCUUCCAUGAACGGCCUGUCCUUCCUCCUCCUCUCAUCAUUUUCAGUCACAUAACUAUGGUCCUCAAACACCUCUGCUGUCGUUGGAGGAAACAUGAUGAGGAUGAGCGGGACUAUGGGCUGAAGCUCUUCAUUACUGAAGAUGAACUGAAGAAGGUACAUGACUUUGAAGAGCAGUGCAUGGAGGAGUAUUUCAGAGAGAAAGAUGACCGCUUCAAUUCCUCCAAUGAUGAAAGGAUACGUGUGACAUCUGAAAGGGUGGAGAACAUGGCAAUGCGUCUUGAGGAAGUGAAUGAGAGGGAACAUUUCAUGAAAGCAUCCCUGCAGACUGUGGAUAUCCGGCUCGCCCAGAUGGAGGAGAUGAUCGGCCGCAUCACUGUGGCACUGGAGCGGGUUGCUGGUAUGGAUCGAGGCGAAGUCAACAAAGCCCGGUCCAGGACAUCAUCUGACUGCACAGAUACAAAUUAUAUCCUGCGCCAGAGCAGUUUCAACAGCCAAGAAGGCAAUACCUACAGGCUACAGGAGUCUCUGGAGCAGGGUGGCGAAGAGUCUAUUUCCCCUACAUCUCCAACCACUCUGGCCCCACGUGUCCGCAGUCACUCCUUCUAUGUAAGCCACUCCUGCAAGGAUAGGAGCGGUGCAGAUCGAGGAGAAGGCUUCUUUAAAGACAGAUUGUUCAGCCUCCAUCGGGCCAACAGCUCACAGUCUGUGUCCUCAGGAGCAGGUCCCAAAGAGUCCAAGCCCACACCUUUGAAUACUUUAUCUGUGGACCAACAGCUACGCCCUUCUUCCUGUAUAGACAUCUAUGUUUCUGCUUCAGAGGACGUCCCGCCCACUGAGAGCUUCAUGGAGCCGGUCCGGGCAGUUCCAUCUCUUGCUCGAGACUCAUCUCUCCAUUCUGAGAUCAUGGAUGUGGUGCUCUCAGGGGGGCGGGACUGCAGUGGCAGGGCAGGGGGCAGUGAAAGACAGUCGGAUGGCACGGUCCUGUUUGAGGACAGUGCUGCCGCUGACCUAUCACUCUGCUCUGCCCACCUGCUGCCAGAUACCUUGCCCUCCUGGGACCUGGACCCCUCGCCGCCGCCAUCAGCUGGUGCUCUUGAGCGGUCCAAGAGCAGCCGCUUCCUAUCCACAGCAGGGCCUCUGUUUCUCGACGAGCCACCAUUGGUUAAGUCACACAGCCUGAUGUUCACGUCACGUGGUUACUAUGGCGGCAUGGGCGUGCAGGUGAAGGCAGCCGAAUAUACCAGCAUAACUGAUUGCAUUGACAUCCGUUGUGUCUCUACCCCUUACCCUGUCCCAGAGAGGUCUGACUCACCUGGAGGCUCUUUCACAUUCGAUAAACCCCAGGACCUGGGCGUUUCACACCCUGAAAGAGAUGCUGAGCUCAGUCACGCAGAAUCUGAUCCAGAGGAACCUGCAGAGGGGUCAGCGCACACAGGUAAGGGGGGUCAAAGCAGCAGUGGGGGAUUAGGCACAGACCUGGGCCUGGGCCUCCCACUGGGCCCAUUUUGCUCUCCAAUUUCUAGACUAGAGCGUGCAAACAGCUGCUCCUCUUCGGAGGAGUCGCACUCCAACAUCUACUCCCGAAAGAGCUUCUCCAUUAGUGAGAAAAUGGACAAGAGUCGUGGAAGCUCCAGGAAUCCUUUCCAGAAGGCCAGAGUUGGGGCAAGGCUGGAGGGUAAGACAGACUCACUGUCCAUGAGGAAACUGGCCAAACCCUCAGCGUUCCAAAGUUUUGAUAACAGACACAAUUACACGUGAUGAUGGCAGACAAGUAGUGAUGCCAUUGUAGAUCUAGUUCCUGUAGGAUGGCUCUACCUCGUUUAAAAUUCAAGGGCCAGUCCAUUGAUUAGUACUGUCUGAGUGAUGAAUUAGCUGUACACUGGAAUGUUUUAUCAUGGGUAUCAACUUCCUGUUAAUUUCCUGUUAUAACACUGAAUGCAAAGUCAGAUUUUCUUUAGUAUUCAUAGAUUCAGAAGAUGACCACUGCCAAUAGGCCAACAUUAGUACCCAAAUGAGGGGAAAACUUUGAAAUUUAAGGGCCUGUUAACACUAUGAUGAAUGUUCGGUAUAAUAAAAAUAAUAAUUUGAAUGAAUGGCUGUUAAUGUUAAAAACCAAUAAGCUUUUUGGUCACAUGCCCACAGCCGCAGCUGUUACAUUAACUACAUCUUAAGGGUUGGUCACUCUUUGCAUUUCGCUGAAUUCCAAAGUUCAAGUUUGGUGAACUCUGAAACCAUGAAAGUGUGUGACCAAUAGAAGAUUGAUACGUAACAGCAUGGCCUCUUAGCUGUAUUAAAACUGCAGUGCUACAGGAAAGUGGAGUAGAUUGUAUGUUUUACAUUGUAGAUUUAUUAUUAAUUGUUGUGUGUUGAAUUUAAAGGACACUGCAGAGUGUGCCUUCAUAUCAUGACUGUUGCAGUGUAUGAAGAAAGUGUGACCUCUGCUUUAGUGGCGCACACCUACAGACCAUUUUGCAGAUCCUUCCUCUGCCUAUUUACAAAUAUAU